ACUUGAUCCAAGCGAUAAGUGAUUGACAGAUAAACCAUAUUCUGUGGAUAAACAAACUAAUUUUUUUAAGAUAUUGAAGGUACAGAAAGUCACGAAUCGUUCACAUUUUCAGGUUUAAAGGCAGACAAAAAUCAUCUUUUAAAAUGGACAAAAGCAGAUUCAGGAGUAUGGAGGAUGAAAUGAGCAGAUUUGAAGCUGAAAUAUCUAGUCAACAAAUGAUGGGUAGUUAUGGCCCCACAUUCAUGAACGGAUUCGGGGGAAUACCUCCACCGCCACAACCUCCAAUGUUGAUUCCUCACCAGAUACACCGGGGGCCCAGAAGGUAUGAUGUAUAUUCAGAGCCCAUUACAAUAGCCACUCCUCAGCCCGCAGUUGUGUCUGCAAAGCCUACUUUGUAUGCCCCGCCGAAAAUAACAACAACAACCACAACAGCAACGACACAGUCGGUGGAUUUUAUGGCUUUACAGUCUGAAGUGGAGAAAAAACUGAAAAAAUUGAAGAACGAGAAAGUUAGCGCAGAGCUUGCUAUUUCGCAAGGAAAAGCCAGCAGUGCCCUCCAGUCCUUUGGCCCUGAAGACUACAAGCGAAAAGGUGGCCCGAAGAACAGGAAACUAAUGAGAGUCGCAGGCGGGCAAACAUGGGAAGACAAUUCUCUGGCUGACUGGCCGGAUGACGAUUUCAGAAUUUUCUGCGGAGAUCUAGGCAAUGACGUUACGGACGAACUGCUCACCAGGACAUUCAAUAAAUUCCCUUCGUUCCAAAGGGCCAAAGUUAUAAGAGACAAGAGAACAAACAAAAGUAAAGGGUACGGGUUCAUUAGUUUCAAGGAACCCGCGGAUUUUACGAAAGCCAUGAAGGAAAUUAACGGACGUUACGUGGGGAGCAGGCCAAUUAAGCUGAGGAAAAGUACGUGGAGGAACAGGUGCAUAGAUGUGGUGAAGAAAAAGGAGAAAGAGAAAGCUGCUCUUGUCAAUUUGCUGACAUCGGCAACUUAUAAGUGAGGCUGUAAAUUGUUUGACUUGACGUGUACAUAAACAGGACUUUGUGCGAUACUGAUAGAAGUGAAUAAGCAUUUUUUGUAUUCUGAUUAACAUAGUGAAUAAGUGUAUACCUUUUCUUCUCAUGCUUGGUAUAUUGGUGUGAGUAAAUUUGUGAUAAGAGA